UGCACGUUCCAUUUUUGCAUCAGCUAACGCCACCGGGGAACUGCUGGCGCUCAUUCGGGACCGCAAAUAGUUCGCGUGCAGACGCCUCAUCAUGGCAACGUUGGAGCAAGAAUUUGUCGAUUUCUUCGCUGAGUGCAAGAAGCAGGGCUUCAGCGACGACGAGAUGCGUGUCAUAUGUCAGCCGUUAUUGCAACGUCACCGCAACAGAUAUUUGGCGGUGGCAUGCGUUGUUUUGGCCGUCUUCGGUGCUUUGUGUCUCCUCUACAAUUGGUGCGAUGAGUUCAGUUGGUUUGUCAGCGCCAUUGGACGAUUGUUGCUGAUACAGGUGUUGCCCUAUUGGGAUUGGACACCGUUAUAUAAUAGUCGCUGUCUGAUUGAACGUACGGUGUAUAAGGUGGACAAGCCUAAUGUGGCACCUACAACUAAGAUCUCGGAGCGCUACGAAACUGAAGCGACAAAUUGUGUGCUCUGUGAGACGCUGGAACGCAUUCCCACUACAUCGAAUAUCACCUUCUCAACAUUGCAAUCAAUGUACCUCGAGCGUGGUUGGCCAGUAAUAGUGACCGAUUCGCACCAACCGCGUACACUCUCCACGCUGCUCAAUCAAGCGUACAACUCCUCAUUGGAUUUUCUAGAAAGUGAACCGUGCGAUGUCUCCACGAAUUUAAUGCUGAAAAAGCUCUUUAAUUUAGAAUUAGCUUUGGAGAAGAUUAAGAGCACAACACCAGCCAACAAUAAAUGGUUCCUACAGCUGCGUAAUUGUCAGCGAGGCGCUGUAAAGGCUUCCCGUCGCUACGUGACACGACCCUACUAUUAUCCAUUACACCUCGAGCCAUUCUACUCAAGCUGGUUGCUGCUGUCGCAAAACUAUGCGAAAGAAAAAUUGAAUGAAAUCUAUUUACAAGGCCUGAUCUUCGUACAGCAACUGAGCGGCCACUUUGACAUACAUCUGCGCCCGAAGCAACCCUGUCAAGAUCGCUGUCCUGUGGUGAAUAUACGUUUAGGUGCUGGCGAAUGCUUGGUUUUCUCAACGGACUUGUGGAUUAUCAGCUAUGGCACUGAGAGGGUCGAAAGUAAAGCCACUUCAAUAGCUACAGUGUUGGAAAUCGAUUGGCAGUUGUAGGGUGGUCCUCAAAUACAGUAAAUUAUACCAGAUAUGUUGAUGUAAUUUUGAAUGUGUUACAUAAUAAAACAAUGUGAGUGUAAAGUUGUACUCGUUAUUUUAUAUUCAGGUUUUAAAAAUUAUUACAUUUAAUAAUAUAUCUAAGAUUAUGUACACAAACAAAAAUGGCCUCCAGGCAAACUAAGUUAACUCGAAUGUGGGUUGUUAUGAGAAAUACAAUUUAAAUAUUUAUUCAUGUUCCCAAAAUAAAAUAUUAUGACUUCUAAGGUCAAACUUUUUAAUAACAAUGUAUGAAACUUCACCGAAAAUAUAUAUGUAUAUGAAAUAAAAAUGUAUGUUCCACAAAUAUACCAGAGGCAUGAACUCAAAUAAAUCGUAACUCCUAUUAAGCCUUUUCGACUAAUGAUCAAAGGCUUAACUUAAC